ACCCCGACAGCGGUCUAGUGUUUCAGCCGGGUUCUUUCUUUACUCCACAAUCUCGGCGUGGUUUUUUUUAUGGUCGGUUUAGCGGCGCUCGCGUUACGUAGUGGGAGGGGGAACAAUGUCGCGGGAAGGGCUUAAAUGCGCGGGCUUUGCGCGAGUCGCUCCGAGGACGUCCCUGCAGCGCCGCGAUGCUUCGUGCGGCCCGCCUGGUGCUCCUGCUGUGCGCCCUGGGCGCCUGCCUGGGCGCCGACACGACGGAGUCGGCAAUCACUGAAAGUUCUGCUUAUGCAAAUGACACCAUCAACGAGACGGAGUCGGCAAUCACUGAAAGUUCUGCUCAUGCAAAUGACACCAUCAACGAGGACAUCUCAGCCCGGAGCUUUCACUCGGGGUCUGGCAAGCAGGCGCGCAAGCCCCAGUUAAAGUCGUUCACGUUCGAGAACUGCGGCGCUGCCUCGGACCCGGGCAAGCUGCUCGACGUGAAGCUCAGGCACAUCCCCGACGGAGACAUAGUCGUCUCCGUGGCCGCCUCCACCGACGUCGUCAUCAAGGCCCCGCUCAAGGUGGACAUCAAGGCACACAAGAAGAUACUCGGCGUGUGGGUGGCCAUACCGUGCUUCAAGGGCCUGCUGGGCUCGUGCACAAUCACCGACAUCUGCCACUUCGGGAUGAGCAGAUGCCCCUUCAAACCCCUGGUCGACGCCCGGAUCCCCUGCAACUGCCCCGUUCCAAAGGGAAAAUACGGUGUGAAGGAUGCAGAGUUUCCGGUUCCGGUAACCACCAUGAAUGAUAUCUUUGCGGGGACCUACAAGGCCACAGUCCGUGUCACCACUCCAGACAGCAAGCAGUUAGCCUGCUACGACGUCAACUUCAAAAUUGCUUGAGGGCAAGACGGGUGCUUGUUUCAACCACAGAUUCCAGAAGAAAAAAAAAAAUUCCCAAAAACUUGCUUUCAGGUGCCAAAAAUAUUAAAAUAAAACAUACACGCCUGACAGAGAGAAGGCCCGAACAAAGUUGUUACUUUUACCUGUACUAACAAUGCAAGAAUUAGAUACAUAUACAACCCCAUUCAGUGUAUGCACUGACUACCUUCCUGAAGACGUUGCCAACAUAAGAAAAGAAGAUAAAUACUAAAUUCCCAGCAAGCCUGCUUGAUUAUACAUAAGAUAUAUUAACAAAUUUUUAAUUACUUAUUAGUUAUUAUAGUGAUCAGAAAUUUAUUUUAGUGAAUAUGAUCAGGGCAUACUAGACCACUACACAACUUAACUACAGAAGCAAUCAAUUUCCAAAUGCCCAGUUACAAUGUCAAACAUUCACUCUUAAGACCCUUGAAUAAAGUCAGUCAAACAAUCUGAAGUGUUAUCAAGACACUGAAAACACCAUUACUGCUACUGAUUUUGUCAUAAUGGCUGGCUGAAGUUACCAUACAAUAUUUUGUACAUAUGACUGGUUCUCAAAUUUGUUGGAUGUUUGAUGAAAUCAACCAAACCUAAUUGGCAAAGUGUAAACAGAAAUAGCAGACAUUUUCUUUUCAACACAUCUUUAAAAUGGCGAACAACACACAGGAAAAUGAACUUUUUUACAGGGAUUUGGUUUAUAAGGGUGAAAUAAUGUUAAAUGUAUGAAUUACCACUGUUUCAGUGAAAAAAAAAAAAAAAAGGCAAAUAAUUGUGUAUUGGCCUAGUUUUAAAAAUCCCUCAGUAUAAAUAAUUGUCAACUGUUUUUUUAAGAAAUGCAUGCACACCAUAAAAUUUUGAAAAUCUCCAUUCAGUACAGCAAUGCAUUAUUGUAAUUUUUAAUUAAGGAUUAGAUUGAAAUUUUUAGCUCAGUAAGUCAAAUAAUAAUUUUGAUAGUAGUGUGAUGAUUUAAAACAUGUUUUAAGUUUAUAUGUCCUAUUUUAUUUAUUUGCCAAUUUAUCUUUAUAUUUUCCCCAAAACGUAAGUGUAAAAUAUAAAUGAAGAAAAUAAUUUUACAAUGUGAGUUCUGUUUCUCUCUCACUUACUUUCAAAAUAACUGAAAUUAUUUCACAUGGGUAUGGGCUUGUGUAACAGUUUAAUCUAGUGGCUUACUUAUCCGGACCCAGAAAAAUAAACGUGUUUCACAAUUAACUAACUAAGAAAAACUGACAACAUAUUUUGAAACAGCUUUUGUUUUUAGACCUAAAUGUAGCUAAUUCAGAUAAAACAUUAAAGUGUGUGCUCUUGAACAGUAGCAAGGCGUGAGGUUUUCGGGUGAAGCAAUACCGCCGAUCUCACCAAUGAAGAAGAUUGGGGGGAGGGGGUAGGGGUUUGUGAGAUGCCUUGUGGAUUCUUGCCUAUUAGGUACUAGUGGACCCGGCAGACUUCGUACUGCCUAAUUAAAUUGCAAUAAAGUCCUGUCAAAAUGAUUUGUAAUGUGACAUUUUUUUGUUCAUACAUAUUUUAUAGUCGGGGCAAAAAAUUCUCCUGAACAGAACCGUCACCCUGGUGAUAGGGUGUUGUGGAUAAGAAAUAUAAUUAAAUAAAACAUAUAAAUAAAAAAAAUUAAGUAAUCUCUUUAUUGUUAAUCAUGUGAAACAUAAUAAUUUUUAUUUUCAUGGUAGUGCAUGAUUAGAUAGGUAAUUAGCUUCGUUUGUAGCAUUUCGGGUUCUUCUACCUAAAUUUAUUCGUCUAAUAGGAGGCAUAUCUAUAUUAUAGAUUAUUUUGUCACAUGAAAUAAUUGGCGAUCAUAGGUAAAUGAACACUGCACAAAACACUAUAUAGGUAAGAAUUUGUUUCGUGUAUAAGUUGACAAAAGCAAACUCAUUAGGGUAGGUAACCUAAAAUCCAAGAAAAAAAACACUGACAUUGACAGUUUGUUAUUGUUUCAACUUUUUUUAAAUUUGAUAUGACUUGGAGUCAAAUUCUUCAAGCCGUAUUUAAAAUAGGGAAAUGAAAUAAUAAAAACUUAAACUUAUGAAAUACUUUUGGUAAUGCUGGUUUUGUUUGACUGAUGUAAUGACUUGAAAACUGAUGCAUUUUACAGUAAAACAAAUGAAAUAAUACCGCGAAGCCGACCAAAUUGAACUAUUCAAUUUCUGUUUAUUUUUUUUUUGUGUAUCUCUGCUCCAACGCACACUGUUUUGAUAGAUAUGAUUGAACUUUGUACAGAGGUAAUAAAGUGCAAAUUGACUCUUUGACGUUAGGAACAUACCUACAUUGUUUAAACAACAAUGAGUGCUCGUUUUAGUUAGAAAACGUUUGUAUGGGAAAAAGAAAAGGGCUGGUUUUAGGGUUUUUCUGGCAAUUAUUCGAAUUUUUCUCGCCUUAAAAACCAUCUUUGAACUUCAAUGAACAUUAAAAAAAAAAAGGCCAAAUUGGUCCAGGCGUUGUUGAGUUAUGCGCUUACCAACACAUUUUGCGAUUCAUUUUUAUAUUAUAGAAGAUAAAUAGAGAUAAAUUAUUACUAUUUUUAAUUGAACAGGAGAUAAUAAUUGACAAUAGUAAGGAUCCAGGUACGAUCUUAAAUGAAAAAAAAACCCACAAGCAGCGUUGCGACAAUUCCGUGGCAUUACUUCUGCAUCAUUUAUACUUCUCCCCUACCGUCUCUCCUUCCGGCCGUUACAACUAGCAUACAGCAUGCUCUGCUACGUAUCUAUCCCCCCAUUCGACCGCUAGCGCAUGCGUUGGAGUGACGUCGCCGCUGACGCACUCUCCUCCUCUACCGGUUUCCCCACCACUUACCUGACUAUUCCCCUCAUGCGUUUGAAAAUUGUUGCCUCCUCAGUAAAGAAAAUUCACUUCAAAUAUAUCUUCGCAUAACACUCCUUUGCGAAAUCCUGCCUGACUGCUUAAAGGUAUGCACGGUAUUUGAUGCUUCUGGAACUAGAUCACCGUUCAUAACAUCACCGGAGAACUCUGAAUCAAAACUAAACAGUCAGCAAAAAAAAAAAA